GUGGCUAUCAAAUGGCCAUGGUGAAAAAACGUCAGGCUAUUCAGGGGACGUUUGCAGUGAAAAAUGCCUCGACGAUCGUUGCUUUGUGUCGCUUUCUGACGUAGCCUGGCUCCAUUUCAACCCAAAAGAAGGUGCGGGAGUGAAAUGUGAAUAAAAUAGGGCACUUUACUCCUCCACAUGACUUCGUUGAACGAAUUCUUCCCUCAGCCUUUGUAUUUCUUUGACCAGCCCGCAAGGCCGCCGAAAAUAAAAAAGGUGAAAGUUGUACAGGUGGAUAAAAAUAAAGAGGAGCCGAAAGAAAAAAGGACAGAAAAUGGCAAACAAGGAAAAAUCAGCAAAAAAGCACAAAGUGAUGAGCUUCCAGACACACAACCACAGGAUGAAUCAUGUGAGGAGGAAUCCACAGAAGAAGUCGAGGACGCCUCCAUGUCAGAGACCCAGGACCCCUUGUCCUGCCUCAAGCGGGACGCCCCUCAUUUGUUGAAUGAACUGGGUUGUUCAAUGUCCCAACACAAGUGGACACGGUCACAAGUUGGAGAUAUUCUGAACUACACCUGGGCAGAACUCAGAAGCGCAGACAAGACGAUUCGUAACGAUAAGCAGAAGUCAUCUGGGAGGAAGAAAAAGUCACAGAAGAAAGAGCCAAAAGCAAGCGAAGUAGCAGAAUGUGCAGACGUACCUGAUGAAGUGUCUGCUGAGUGUAUAGCGUCUGUUCAAGAACAAGUCAACCAACCCACCGACCCCCCCACUAGUCCCACGAUGCCCGACAUUCCCAACCAGACCACUGCAUCCAGCACCAUUGAAGAAGAACCGGGUGAAAGUUGUUUUAUCCCCCUUUUGAGUGAGGAAACUCCUUCGAUAGAGACGUGUCAAUGGGUGGUGGAGCGACUGCAGGCCACAAGAAGUCCACAAAACCCGCAAGCAGACGAGCAGGAGUUAAACAAAUCUCCCAUCCUUUGUCACUAUUUGGAUGAAGCACCUGAAGUGGAGGAAAAUAAAGAGACGAACGAAACCGACACACAGUGUGUCGCUAGUGAGUUUCCUCGGAUACCAGAAGUGAGUCAGCGGGAUACUUCACUGAGGAAAUUUCAUUACAGAACCAACAAUGGGACCUCAUUCAUAUACUACCCGUCGAGCCACAUGGCAGUGUGUCACAGCCACUCGGGUCUGCCCUCUGGAGGAUUUUACACCAACGUUUUCACUGACAACCCUACACCCAUCAUCCUGGCUACUAUCACCAUGUAUGGCCAUGGCUAUGUAAUACACCCUGGCAGUUCUGUUGUUACAGCAGUGUGGGACCAGCAUGGUGGAUUCAUGUGUGACCGUGAUGGCAAUAUGAAGAAGGAGUGGAGCUGGAACAUAGAGGAAGAAGUUCAGGAGAAGAUUAUUGUAAAGUUGUCAAAGGGCAUCUCAGUGCGACUGCACAGCGGCACGUCUGCUCUACUCUGCUUCAAGUGUGACACGCAGAAAGUUCAGAUCCCGCUUUCUGCUGUACCUUACUUGUCCAAGGAACCGGAGUCAGGCCUGUCGCUACUGGAUGGGGAAGGGAUGCCAGGACGGUGGAGGAAAGGAAGUGUUGACAUGGCCGAGCUGAAGAAAAUUCAACUGAAAGCACAAGACAUUCUCGACGCUUGGCUGGACUUUUAUCUCGUGGCCACAGGUAUCAAGCGUCGUAAAAAAAAAAAGCCAAAGUCCUCAUCAAAGACCAAGCACAAGAAACGUAAACGUUCAUCUUCAGCGCCUGCAAAGAAAUCAUCUGUGAAGAAAAAACCCGCCCCUCCCAAAGAGGUUAUUCAUGAGCAACAAGUGGUGCCCAUACCAAAACCAAAAACUAAACUUACGUCCAAACUAAAACCAAAACCAAAAAUUCGAGAAUCUCCAGCCAAAAACGUAAGGCCACUAAAGCAAGCAAGGGAAUAUCACGUCACACAAGUCGGGCCUCUUCGUAUCCAUGGAAACAUCAAACAAGAGUCAGUGAUAAUUCCAGGCGUUCCAGAUCCUCGCCUCGCCACUUUACCCCCCUACCCUGCCCAGUCUUGUCUCCCCUCCUCGGUCCCCCUCACUGUGUGCCCCCCGCUGCUGAGGGCUACCCUGCUCAAGGACCUCAAGGAGCAAGGGCCCACCAGGCGAUGUUGCUGCAGCACCGUGUUCAUGCCUGUGCUGACAGAUGCGGAGUACGAUGCCUUCAUCAUGGGGCAGCCCAAGUACAGUCGUCAGAUCCUGGUUGUGUACGUGACGCUGCCCGUCAAGUGGGAAGAAACAAUGGAGAAGGAUGCCAUGCAGCGGCUUUACCGGAGGACUAACAGGAAUAGAACGAUGCCAUGCACUCAGUGCCAGAUGGAUUCCUUUCGCCUGGUGAGGUACGAGGUGUCAACAGGGGCGCUGGGCUGUCCAGUAGACAACAUCCUGCUGCAGCAUCGACACAAUGUUGCUUCUGGCAUGAUUCUGAUGUACAUCCGAGGGACGCUGAUGUUUUUGGACUACGUAUCCAGCGGUAAUAGCUUUUCCAUCAUGGACCUUCAGAAGCAAAUAUUAAGAACCAGGGAAGACUACCGAUCGGGUGUGAGCCUCCCACCGGAUUACAAAUUCAGCGAAAGGCCAAAGGUGACCAUGGCUCCCACUGAUGCCCCAGAUGCAAAUAAGGCAGAAGGUCCACCACUGACGGGAAAGAAUGACACCACGUUGACUCAUUCCGGAGAAAAAGAAUGUCUCAAUGAGACAUGUGACUGAAUAAGAUGAGUUGAUAUCCUGUCAAAAAUGUGGUUACAUAAUCCUGUUGUAUAUCCUGUUGUGUUGUGAACCUGCAUCAUAAUUAUCAUAGCUGUCUGCAGAGUGGAAGCACAAACGUGGCAUGGGAAUGACCUGUAAACCGCUUCUAAAGAAACUGGCGCAUUGAAUCUAUUUGAAUAUAGAUUUCCGAUUUAACAGCUUUAGAAAGAUAUGCUACUGGUAAAAGUGAGUGGUGAGAAGUGGGACAUAACAUUCUAGUUUGUUUGGCGUCAUUAUAAUAUUUUACUUUCUGUUCUCCAUUAAACUUCCCUGAUGACUGAUAGCACCGUGAAAGCGCCACCGCAGUCAUUGUUGUGGGUAGUGUCUGAGUUUUACUUCCUCACUCUGCUUCAAAUGUAGAUGAGCCACAUUUGUCGUCUUUUUAAAUGGGGUUAAAAAUAGCAAAUGGGAUGUACAUAUGUGUGUGUAUUUUUGUU